GCGAUGCUAUAUCUUUUACACACAUUUACCAAAACUCUGCCCCACUAAGCAGGAGUUGGAGAUCAAUAGAAAGGAGGGGAAGCCCUGUUAGAGCUCGACUAAGAUGAUGCACCAUCAAGUUUCUUCAUCAUUAGUAAUGUCUUCCUGUUCUCUCUUGUAUUGCUUCCUUGAUCUAUUUAGUGAUGUGAAUUCUAUGAUAUUCAUGUGUUCCUCUAUGAGUUCAUAAGAUUGAUUCGGGCUCAAUUGUACACAUUUUCCCCUCAUUUCUUAUUUGUUUAGCUUAGUAUUUCAUCGUUCAUCGACAUAUUUCAAGCUAGGUAGUUCUUGUUUUGAUACAUUUCAGGUCCUAGCAUGUGUGGAAGGAUCGAUGACGAGUUUUGGGAUAUUUGGAGGUCAAAAAGCGCGAAAAUCAAAGAAAAGUCUGAAGUCACUAUAACCAGAAGCGAAACAAAAAGGCAGAGAUUGAUAAAAUAGUUAGCUGAACUCAAGAAAGAGGAAUUUGGUGAUUUUUGUUGUGGUUCUUUUGAAUCAGAACCGGGAGCACCAAGACUAGGAUCCCUAGUCUCUUUGAAAACAAGCUUCAAAAGACAGUAGUAAGAAAAUCCGACUCCCCUUAUGAUAAAAAGACAAGAAAUUUAUGAGCCCAAUUAGGAGUAGAAAGGAGGACAAGAAUACAAUUUCAUGGGCUCAAACAAAAGAUAGAUUUGGACAUCAAAUGCUCAAUUUAUGGCCAAAACAAGCAAAUCUGGUAGUACAGCAUGCCCUAUUCGUAAUAGUGAAGUGAAGGCGUCCCGUGAACACCGAGGCGUCCAGCAAGGUUCCUAAAGUUACUGACGACAUGGCAAUUCACAGUCUCUAAGACCGUGAACUAUGGCCAUUGACCGUGAACCUAGGACAGUGAAGCGGUGCGUUUUGGACGACGCUGAGUUCAAGGACACGUUUAGGUGUUCACGUCCGUGAACUGGCCAAUGCGUCCGUGAACUGGUCACUUUCGGGUAAAUAUGAAGACAACAGCGGGGAGAGAGAAAGGGGCUGGUUUUUGGAGAAGAAAUACUUUCUUUCUCUAGGGUUUCAACCUAAAACACUAAAGGGGAGUUCUAGUGUGUGUGUGUGUGAGAGAGAGAGAGAGAGAGAUAGAGAGAGAGAGUGCUAGAGUGAUCUUGGAGCAUCAUUGGAGGCUUGGGUGGAAGAUUCAAGCCUAGAAUAAGAAGAAGAAGAAGAAGAUCUUGAGCUCAAAUUUGUAAUCCCUCUCUCUCUAGAAACUCACUCUUUUCUCUCGGGUGUUGUAGACCCUUACUAAUACUUUGUAAUUACUUGUUUAGAUCGAAUGAUUAAGUGUGGGUUUGCAUCAAUUUGAGUAUUAGAGGUGUUUUCAUGGUGAUUGUGCAUGCUCGUUCUUAGCAACCUAAGGAUUGUGCAUAAUUGUGCUUAGCACCCUUAGGUUUAUGCUAGAGUGAUCUUGGAGAGAGAGUGCUAGAGUGAUCUUGGAGCAUCAUUGGAGGCUUGGGUGGAAGAUUCAAGCCUAGAAUAAGAAGAAAAAGAAGAAGAAGAUUUUGAGCUCAAAUUUGUAAUCCCUCUCUCUAGAAACUCACUCUUUUCUCUCGGGUGUUGUAGACCCUUACUAAUACUUUGUAAUUACUUGUUUAGAUCGAAUGAUUAAGUGUGGGUUUGCAUCAAUUUGAGUAUUAGAGGUGUUUUCAUGGUGAUUGUGCAUGCUCGUUCUUAGCAACCUAAGGAUUGUGCAUAAUUGUGCUUAGCACCCUUAGGUUUGUGCAUGUUGGUGCUAGCAAUCUAAUUAGCCAGCUUAACCUAGCUUAGAGAGGAAAAUCCCCCUUCCAAGGGAGACUCAAUCGAGUUAGUUCUCCUUCAACUUUUUAAGCCACCUAACUAGGUUAAUUUAGGGCAACCCAACCCUCUAGGGUGAAUUAAGCAAAUCGGUUAAUCGCGAUUAAGCCGUCCAACCUUGAGUUGAGUGAGGGAGUAAGUCAACUACCGAUUGCCUAAACCGACAGGGUCGAGUGACACAGACUUUAAUGUUUACCUCGGUUUAGUAAUCAAGAUUGUGGUCUACGACCAUAUUUGCAUCCCUCUGCAGUUCUCGGUUACUAGUUUGCAUCUAAGUUGGUUGUGAUUAAGCCGCUCAAACUCCGGUUUGACGGAGAGACCUAGGCAACCACUAGUGACUGAGUGAGAGGAUCGAUCUCGUGACAAAUCGACCUCCAGUGAAUCCAUCCCGUGACAAAUGGAUCACUAGUUGCUCCUCCUAGUGGUUCCCCUAGAUUUGGUGAGUGGAUAGAUCCCGUGACAAAUCGAUUGCUAGUGAUUUGAUUCCGUGACAAAUCGAUCACUAGUUGCUCACCCCGCGGUUCACAACCACCUACGCCACAUGAAUCCAUUCAAUCCAAUGAGUCAUGGUAGCUAGUUAGGGGGGAGAAAUUAAUCCCGGGAGAAGCUCCCUUAGUUUGAAUUUUCCUUUAUUUACUUUUCUUUGCUUGUUGAGUUUGUAGUUUCAUUAGCUCUAAACCCAAAAUUUGUUUGCUAGAUAACAACCUAAGCGAUUGAAGUAGGGGUACAUGGAUCGGCCCAGGUUGACAAUUUAAAUACUUGCGAGUCAAAGAUGCUUAUUUUACUCAAUGCUUGUUUCUUUAGAUGCUUUAGUAUUCGCGAUGCUUUAUUCAUCUGUUACUUAUAUCAUUGAUUCUCUAUAUCAUCUAAUGUUUUAAUCGUUCUAUGCAUGUGAUACCUAUUGUCUGCCAAUAUAUCAUCAUGCUUAGUAUUAUAUAGAUUGUUAAGAAAUUACCCUCUGGUGAUAUCUCAUUGGUUCCACUCACGUAUGGGAGGAGUAGCUACCUAUCCAUGCAUUGUGUAGUAUCAAUACUUGAUUGUUAGAUCAUCGAUUCUAUAGACCAUCGAUUAUGGCUCGUAGAGGCCCACACUUUAUCAUGUGCUAUCCUAACUUCCUUGUUCUUCAUUGAUUAUGUAAUGGUAUGAAGUGAAAGUAUGCAUUAGCUAGUCAAAUCUCAAUUGCAAGAGGCGCAUGCACGGGCAUCAUAAUUGAUGAUGCAUAGAUGCAUCUUGUUAAUGAGAAAAAAUGCAUGAUCAUCUAGAAAAUACUACCUAAACAUUACUUUCCCUUGCAUUGCUUUGAUUGUUUUCUUGCUUGCUCUGUUUGCACUAGUAGAUUAGUAAUUCGACUAAAGAGAACCUGAUAACGCUCUAAUUACACUUAUUUAUUCCCUCAUUUCUCGAGCGUUUUGGUCAUGUUCUUGCAUAUCAAGCCAAUUUUAUACUAGGUUGUGCGCAUUUGUAAUGUUUCAGGUCCUAGUAUGUAAAUCAGGACUUUGGAACAAGUUCCGGGAAGAUUUGGAGUGAGUCGGCAGCAGAGCAAGGGAAAGUUAUGGCUAGGAUCUUCAAGUUACAGUCUAGACUGUAAUUUCUCCACCCAUACCGUAAUUCAAAGACGAAGGAAUAGUAGACAUCUUUAAAGUUAUGCCUAGUCAUCAAUGUAAUGGCCUAGCCCGUAACUUGCCAAAGAAGACCGUAGCUCUUGGUUUACGAUCUACAGAAACGAUAACGUUUUAGCACAAGCUAUGGGUGGAUGAAGAGAGUUACGACCAUAACUUUGGCAGUAGCUUGCGAAUCUCAGAGUAUAAAGGCCAUAAUUUUGUGAAAUUGAGGGGCUCCACUUUUUAACUUAUGAGAACAAACCUAGAGAGUCAAAGAGAGAGCUAAUGACCAAGAGCAACCUUUGAGGAGUUGAUUCGAGCCAUCGACGACCAUUGGAUUUCUAUUCCUUCCCAUCGGAGUACUAAUUGAUGAUCUGGAGAAAAUUUCACUCAUCUACACGAUGAUGGUCGUCUCCAGCCUUGUAUUUCUUCCUCUCUCUAUGAAGUAAACUCUGCUUCCUCUCUCCAUUGAAGUACUAAUUGAUGAUCUGGAGAAAAUUUCACUCAUCUACACGAUGAUGGUCGUCUCCAGCCUUGUAUUUCUUCCUCUCUCCAUGAAGUAAACUCUGAUUCCUCUCUCCAUUGGAGUACUAAUUGAUGAUCUGGAUAAAAUUUCACUCAUCUACAAGAUGAUGGUCGUCUCCACCCUUGUAUUUCUUCCUCUCUCCAUGAAGUAAACUCUGCUUCCACUUGGCAUAUUUCUUGUUCUAAAGUGUGGUUAGAGACAGAAUUAGAAGCUUGGAGAAGAAGAGGAUGAGAAGAAGUGAAAGAGAGCUUCGAAGGAGGAUUUUCAGUGCUUGAAGACCCUUAUUCAUGAUUUCUUUCCAUCUUUGCAUGUCUCAUCCCCCCCCCCCCCCCCAUUCAUGGGGUAAUCCCUCAAUGUCUUUGGGCUUUGUCCCCCUAAACUCUAACGUAGGGUUUGAUAAGUAAUAUAACGUUUUAGGCUCUAUUUGUGAAUGAUUAUGACCCUAUUUGCCUUUGUCUAUUUGAUGAUUGUCUUUAUUUACAUCAAGUAGUGUCGGAUUGUCUGUAUUCCAUGUGCCCUAGUUGCAACUUAGGUGAUAGGUGAUUAUUCAUUCUCAUUCUUAUGAUUCAAAGAUGAAUUGAGUUUUCCUAGAGUUUUAUGCUUCAUAUAUGAUUAAUUAUGCUUGGGCUUAUCUCUCAAAUUCUUUCAUAGUAUCCUUCUACUUAGGAGUGCAUAAAUUAGAGUGGAUUCGAGCACCUUGGCUUGUUAGGAUUAUGUCUACUAGACGUCACCUAUGCAAUUUUAGGAUGUCGAGUGCGUGACCAUCGACUGGACGUUCUAGUGUGUGGAUGGGUAGAACCCAUUUAGAGGAGAUUGGUUGUAUCCCUACAAUCGUAAGGCUAGUUGAAGUGACAUUGGCCUAGUGGAUCGGUGUAGGAGUGGGAUUGGUUGCAUGACCAUUUAGUCAAUCUCUAGGUUAGCGAUCUUUGCACCUAGAUCGUCAUAAGUCAUCCUUCUAUCAUUAUGCAUGUCAUUUCUUGUAGUUAGGGAAAUGGAGGCACCUCGAUUAACUCUUCUCCUCUAUCGACCUCUAGUUCAGUAAUGGCCGACUGUCCACCUGCUAAGUAACAUGUCUACUAGAUAACAACCGAGCCAAAGUAGAUUAGUAUACCGUGACCCUUGGAGUACGACCUAGUUCACCAGCAUACUACUUCACCGAUCUAGGGUGCACUUGUUCUAAAUUAAGAUAAUUAGUAUUGUCGAUGAUCGAGCUUAUAUAUUUGAAGCUCAAUACGCGACACACAUCAAUAACUUGAUAUACUACAUCUCUAUGACUAAGCUAUUUUCCAUUAAAAAUACUACUGAGAAGUUGCCAUCACCUACGAUGUUCAAUGCCACUAACUUCUUUCUAAGUCUUCUCGUUUUCACUUCAAACUUGGCAUUCUUAUCACUUUCAGGUUAGUGCCCACUACUAUUAGAACUAUUUAGGGACUUCAAUCAUUCAUAUUGUGCGAAUGGAAGAACCACUUGGUCUUUUGCUAUGCCACAUCAAUUAAAGGAAUGGUUAGUUGACAUUUGAUAGAUAUGACUGUUGGAUUGAAUUCUUUUGUUACAAUAUCAAUAUGAAUUUUUUGUACAAAGACAAUUACUUUUUAUGCUUAAGUCAUGCAAAAUUAUACUUAUCUAGGAAUUAGUAUUUCUAGAACAUGUUGGUUCAAAUUCAGGAGAUGAAUUGAAGCUUUGAAUCUAUGUUAUACGGCUUUCUGAAAACUAGUUGUUAGUAUCAAUUCUAGUGUUGGGGGAUGUGGCACAGUUAUGUACGCGUUCCGACGUGCUGCAAAGCAGCAGUGCGCUUAUAUGAUUGCGCGGGAGAAGAACCAACCCUCAUAGCCUAAGGCAUAAAGCAGCUAGAAGGGUACUCGCAGAAGAAGAUUAUUAAACAACAGUGUCUCAGAAAUCUGACACACAGUCACUUUGCAAGCAUGGGUCGUCAGAACGUGCGUCGCCGAUCUUGACAUAUGUCAUGUUGCAUUUAAUACCCACCCACAGAAUCAUGCCUAUAAAUAAAGCAUUUACUCCGUUGGGUGAGUGAUCAAUUUUUAGAUUCUCUGAAUAAACUCCGGACUUUCUCUCUCUAAGACUCCUCUCACUAAACCUGUAAGGAGACCGAUCCAAAUAAGAAAACACCAUCUUGCAUAUUCUUCACUCACGACCUUAACCUCACGUGUCUAACUCCUACUCACAAUCAGGUACAAACAAAUGGCGCCUACCCGAACGAGUUGCUAAUUGAGGAACAAGAGCCAGAAAUCACGGCCAAGGAAAUACAUACGCAGAUAAAUCACAGAAUUGGGUGAUUGCGAAUAUGAUAGAAAAAGUGAAGCAAAUAAUAACACUCAUGAUGAGCAAAAAAGCACGUCUCGUGAUAAUUCCCGCCAUAAGCGUCAGGCAAGCCAGACCGGACCCGCCAGAGGCACAUACCGCGUAGCCAAGGGAGGAUCUCAAUUUCUUGGAACAUCAUCUCUCACCGCAUUACAUGGCACCGCCUAAGAGGACUCUCCACCAACCUCUCUUUGCGGACAUCAUGGGGGAAUGCAUCACCGGAAUACCACCCGCCCUCCCGACAUACAACGUGACAACUUACACAGAAGACCAUGUGAGCACAUUUUUCCUCCGAAUGAAACUUCAAACAAACUCCAACUCGGCACUGUGUAUGAUGUUUCCUUUAACAUUUGCGAGAAUAUGUCUUGACUGGUACAACAAACUCCCAAACAGAAUCAUCCACUCGUUUGAAGAAUUCAGCUUUCUGUUCACCACCAAAUUUGCAUCCCAAAAGAGGAGACCUUUGUAGCUCAAAGCCCUAGUGGACAUAAGACAAAAGGAAGGAGAAAACUUGAGAGCGUUCUACACUCUAUGGUUGAGGAUAUCCAUGGUCGUCCGAGAUUUGACACCAAAACAACAAUGCAUCACUUGAUGGAAGCAAUAACAAAUGCAGAACUCAAGUGCACACUCUCCAAAAGACCUAUUAUCUCCUCGUCCGAAUUAGAAAUCAAAAUCGAAAAGGUGAUAAACCUCGAAGAGAUUAUGUGAGUUGGUUCAGUGCGAAGAUUCGAGCCAGCUGGACCACAACGAGAGGAGCAACCACGAAGGUCCCCGCUCCUGAACUAUCAUAGCGGGGCGAGCAGGCCGCUCAUUCUGCCGGAGCAACCGGCCCGACAAGAUUGCAUGAUAGACAUCCGAUGAACAGCUUCACGCUGCUAAAUAAUUAUGUGAAGAACAUAUGUAUUCCACCUCAUCCAUGAAAAGGGUUACGACCUAAAUUGGCCAACGCCAGUUAGAGCUUCGGCGAACAUACGCAAUCCCAAAAAGUAUUAUGAGUUCCAGAGAGAAACGGGCCACAUGAAUGAAGGCUGCCACCACUUAAAAGUAGAGAUCGAAGCACUAGUCCGAAUAGGACAUUUGGCAGCGUGCGUUCGUGAGAACAAUGAUCAAAAAGGCGACAGCACGGCAAUACCAUUGUCGCCUAAACCAGGAUAUAACAAGGACACAGGUGCCUAUAUAGCCUAAUAUCCUAAGGAAUAAAGCGACUAAAAGGGUACUCGCGGAGGAAAAUUAUUAAACAACUCUGUCUCAACAACCUAACACGCAGUCACUUCGCAAGCAUGGGUCGUCAGAACAUGCGCCGCCAAUCUUGUCAUAUGUCAAGUGAUAUUUAAUACCCACCCACCGGAAUCAGGCCUAUAAAUAGAGCAUUUACUCUAGUGGGUCAAUGAUCGAUUUUUAGCUUUUCGGUCAAAAAUCCAUUCUUUCUCUCUCUCUAAACCUCUGAGGAGAUCGAUCCAAAUAGGAAACAACAUCUUGCAUUUCCUUCACUCACGACCCUAACCUCACGUGUCUUACUCCUACUCACAGUCAUGCACAAACACUAGUUUUUCUCCAAUUUGAUCCCCAGCUCAUGCUUAGACACUCUUUAAAUCUAGCUUAAAAUUGUAUUUCCUAUAUUAUUUAGCUAGUUUGCUUUGGUUUUAAGAAAUUUCAAAAUCUUUCCUCAUUUGAGCGUCGCAACCGUCCCUUCGGGGUUAGGGGUCGUUGCGUUCACUUUUUGGGAGUCGCCAUCGAUCUUACCUGGAGUGGAUCGAACACUCUUCUGUCAGCUCUAACUUUAGGUCAGAACCGGGGCUUGGUCUGCGAAUUAGAAAUAUGGAAAUCUAGGUUUGGGAGUAUGGUUACGUGUGGGGAAGUGAAAUCACACCCAACAACGCCCAAAAUUGAUACUACUUAAGUAGAUAAGUUUUUAUGCGAGUUGGGUGUAUUUUAGUAAUAAUUUUGUAAUUUUAGGAUCCCACUGGACCAUUACUAUAUUGCUAUUUCGUUAGGUAUAAUUUAGCCAAACGUCCAUUGAUGUAUUAGUUUAUUAUUAGGUAUUUUAGGUAUUUUUAGAGCCUUACUGGACCACUAAUGAAUUUAAAUCGUAUUAGUUAUAAUUUAAUUACACGACCACUAACGUAAAAAUUGUAGAUAAAAUUGGUUGGUUAGUUGGACUCGACCUUAUCGGUUGCCUACGUACCCGUUAGACAGGAUCAAAGUACACGUAGUUCGUUGGAAUUUAAUAAAGUAUAAAUUUUCUUACCAUGUUCCACUGAUCGUGAUUCUGAUGUUAAGGAUUUCGUUAAUAAAAUUUAAAUAGGUUA